GAAGGAAUCAUUAUAAGGGCUUAUUCCCCUAGCCUAGUACAACUAUGUCCGCCACUGCUUUUCCCUUGACCCCUCUCUCCUGCCAUGAAGCCCUCCUUCCUUCUCUUCCUCCUCUUCUCCUCCAGCCUCCAUCUUUCCUUCUCCGUCUCCGAACCCUACACCGCUAUCUUCAGCUUCGGCGAUUCGCUCGCCGACACCGGCAACCACCUCGUCGACGGGCCCAAUCCCAUCCUCUCCACCACCCACCCCCCUUAUGGCAUGACCUUCUUUCGCCGCCCCACCGGCCGCUGCUCGGACGGACGCUUGGUCAUAGACUUCAUCACUGAGGCCUUUGGGCUCCCAUUGCUUCCGCCAUCUAAAGCUCACAACACCGACUUCCAUAAAGGAGCCAAUUUUGCCAUCACGGGAGGCACGGCUAUGAGCUUCGACUACUUCCACAAUAGAGGCCUCGAGAGCACCGUAUGGGUCAACGGUUCCUUAAGCGACCAGAUCGAUUGGUUCCAGGACAUGAAGCCUUCUCUCUGUAGCUCACCAGAAGAAUGCAAGGAGUACUUCAGGAGAUGUCUGUUCGUCGUCGGGGAGUUCGGAGGAAACGAUUACAACGCCUUCUUCUUCGCCGGCAGGGGCAUCAAGCAAGUGAUCUCCAAUGUGUCCGUAAUCGUUGGAGGAAUUGUUGAGGGUGUCGAGAGGUUGAUCAACCAAGGGGCAGUAGAUCUGGUGGUGCCAGGGGUUUUCCCAUUUGGAUGCUUCCCGUUGUACCUGAAGCUGUAUGGUAGCAAACACAAAGAGGACUACGGCCGUCGGAGCGGAUGCCUCAAGAAAUUUAACACUUUGGCGUGGUAUCACAACGAAAAGCUUCGCGUGGGAUUGGAGAGGCUCCAGAAAAAGUAUCCGUCGACGAGGAUCGUCUACGCGGAUUACUACGCCGCAGCGAUUCGAUUUAAUCUCGCCCCCAAAAAUUUUGGAUUUACUCAUGGGGCUCUAAAAGCUUGUUGUGGGGAUCGUAGCAAGUAUAAUGUCAAUAUGUCAGCUAGGUGUGGUACAUCGAACGCAACCGUGUGCCAUGAUCCUGAAACAUAUGCAAGUUGGGAUGGUGUUCAUUAUACUGAAGCUGCUCACCGCUUCAUCGCCAAAGGUUUGUUGGAAGGCCCCUACGCCAACCCACCCAUUAUGAGUCUCCACUCUCCUAAGGAUUCUGCGAGCUUCACAACAAAAUAAUAAAACGUGUCAUGUAUCACUCAUAGCUAGCUGAAGCAUAAAAGAUUACUUUUAGCAGAGAGCACCUGCUGUUCUUUGUUUUUGUAUUUAAAUUUUUUACAGAUAUUGAAGUCUAAAAGUUGAAUUGUCACG